AUGGAGUCAAAAUCUCCGCUCGCGUCGGAACUUCCGUUAGAUGUUCUCCGGAUUAUAUUUAUAUACGUUCGUAAGGCUGGCAAGAAUCCAAAUAUAUAUGAUCGUGGCGCUCGUCGAAGCCUACACUCAUGCCUUUUAGUAAAUAGGCAAUGGUGUCAAGCAGCUGUUCCUAUCCUCUGGCGAAAUUCAUUCUAUUAUUGCACUCUCGGAAGUUCCAAAUUAAUAGAUACUUAUAUCUCUUGCUUCAACACCGAUGAACGUAACGAACUUACAUCCAAAGGUUUUAUUCUCAAAAGAUCGCCACGUUAUCGGCGCUCAACAUUUCCGUACGCGGCAAUGUUAAAACGAUUGGACUAUGAUAGAUUUUGUGGUUCGGUUGACCUUUGGUGUAGUUGUACUGAUCAAGAACUCUAUAAUGCCAGAGUAUUGCUAAUGCGAGCAUUACUUAGGUUAUUUUUAACUCGUUCGGUAAUUUUACUGCAUCUUGUACUUGGAGAAUGGUUUGAAAAAACUACUACUGACUUGAAAUAUCGAAGAAUUAUUGAAGAUGAAUUUCAAGUUUUACUUGAACCAGUGCGUAAAUUGAGAAUUAAGGGAAAUUUUGUUAAGGAUCGUAUUUUGAACGGCCUAUCCGAACCAUGCAAAAACCUGGAUAAAUUAUUCGUCUAUCUAUCAAAUUCCUCUCGAAAUCCUAAUUACAAAGAUGAAUCAACGUCUUUACAAAAAAUAAUCGAAUCCCAAACUCGACUCAAAUCUCUCAAACUUGGCAACGUGUUACUAUCAGCUUUACUUCCUGCAUUACCAUCCCAAUCUAAAUCAUUGCGUAGUAUUAAUUUAUUAGAUGUUACCUUCACUGAGAAUAUGCCAUGGAAUGACCUUUUUGAAUGUAAAAAUCUUGAAAAAAUUAAAUUUCGUGAUUGUAUAGGAUUUGGUAAUAAUAUGAUCAAUUCAUUUACGUCAGCAAUUUUUCCGAAAUUAAAAUUACUUGCGAUUGUCGGAGAAUGUAGAACGGAGGAUGAUGAGCUCUUAACCAAAGACGAUUGUCAUAUAUUGGUCGAAUGGGGCCUUGACCAAGGUGCUCUUGUUACAAUUGGUGAUUGGAAUUGUGUCUAUGGAUGGGUAAAAUUCGGGCAGACUGUGCAUGAAUUUGCAUUUAUAUGGGAAUACGCGGAAAGAUUUAAUAAUAUUUAUCGACAAUAUUUGGAUUGUUUAUCCAAGAGGACCGAAGAAUUUCAAACUUUUAUGUAA